AUGUCAACGACGGAGUCCGCUACCUCUCAAAUACCCAGCCAGACGCAUCCAGCCCAAUCUGCCUCGAAUGAUGCCUCCCAAAAGCCACCUCCAGCAACCUUCGCGCUGGAACCUCACAGCGUCCUUCUCUUCCUUGUUGGACUACGGCUGCUCAACGCUCUGACUGAUCGGACAUUCUUCCAACCAGAUGAGUACUUUCAAGCGUUGGAGCCGGCCUGGCAAUGGGCUUUUGGAGAACGAUCUGGGGCAUGGAUUACAUGGGAGUGGAAGAGUUACCUUCGAUCUGCUAUACACCCCAUGAUAUUUGGCCUCUGUUACCGCACAGCAAGCGCCAUUGCUCAGACUCUAAACCUGAGUACAUAUUCGCGAUCAGAACUCCUUCUGGCCGCACCCCCAACAUUGCAAGCAGUCUUUGCAGCCAUUGACGACUACUAUACUUGGAGAUUGGCAUCAAGCGUGUAUGGUGCAAAUACUGUGGCUUCUCUCAUGGUGCUGGGCUUGACAAUCGUCAGUCCAUGGCAAUGGUUCUGUUCUACCAGGACCUUUUCCAAUUCCCUCGAAACCACUCUGACCGUCGUUGCGCUUCACAAUUGGCCGUGGCACUGGACACUUACAGUGGGCGGCGAGGGGCAGUCCAGUUCCAGGGUGUCUCUUCGUGUCCGUGAUGGUGGUGACCAAGGACGAAAGACCACUGACGACCUUACAAGGCUAAGAAGAGCCUUGCUUUGCGCAGCAGUUGCAACGGUCUUACGCCCUACAAACGUCCUGAUUUGGGCGAGCCUAACCUUCAUGACAUUUAUUGGGGGUCUGAGGAAGAUCGGUGCAAGCCAAGUGGAAGCUGUGACAUUUGCGCGGGAGACAGCCCUCUGCGGUGGCAUCGUGCUUCUUCUAUCCACAAUACUUGAUCGGAUCUUCUACGGCGCAUGGGUCUUCCCGCCUCUCAACUUCCUGCAUGUCAACGUGGUGCAGUCCCUAGCUACUUUCUACGGGAGCAAUGACUGGCAUUACUACCUCUCGCAAGGAUAUCCGCUGCUCCUUACGACCGCGUUACCUUUUUCGAUUGUCAGCAUGUUUCGCAUCCUGAGCUCGCAGACUUCACCAACAGAUGCAACCCCGGUCGGCCGAAGCGCAUUACGGCUUCUUUGUAUCACCUGCUUGCUUGUACCGGCGGCCUUUUCCAACAUUGCCCACAAAGAGGUCCGCUUCAUCUCCCCUUUGCUCCCGGCUCUUCAUGUCAUUACUGGUCUUCCCCUCGCCUCAUUCUUCGGAUCGCUCGUGACUCGAAGAGCACCAUCUUCGUUCUUUAAAAAAAUCCUACUUCUCCUUCUGCUCGCUGCAAAUGCUUCGAUAGCAUACUACACCACGCAAGUCCAUAAUUCCGGCAUUAUCAAUCUCACACACUACCUCCGUCACGAAUUCGAAGAUGCAUACAGGACUUCAUCACCACCAUCAAACAUGACCGUCGGCAUGUUCAUGCCAUGCCACUCCACACCUUGGCGCUCGCAUUUUCAAUAUCCGCCGUCAUCAGAACAGCCAGGUAUAAGAGCCUGGGCACUGACCUGUGAACCGCCACUUGACAUGAACGCCACUGAAAAUGCCACAUACAUGGACGAAGCGGACCAAUUCUAUGCGGACCCCUCGCUAUGGCUGAAAAAGCACAUGUCGCGCCAGCCUCCGCAACGCAAAGACGGGACACAAGCAACAGGGUUGUCCUCGGGCGUAUUCGCGCCGGAUAGCCGCUCCCAACGCGCGCUCAUCGGGGAUAUUGACACCGGGCGCGAUGAAGCAUACUGGACCACUGGCCACGGCCGUCAUCCCUGGCCUGAUUAUCUUGCCUUUUUCGCCCAGCUGGAACCUACGCUGCAAGUCUCGCUCCGUGGGACCGGUUAUGUCGAGUGUAAGCGCUUGUUCAACAGUCACUGGCAUGACGACUCGCGCAGGACCGGUGAUGUGAUCGUGUGGUGUCUGGACGCAAGCCGGAGUGAGUCCAACGUCGCCGGAUCUGAGAACAACGUCGUGCUGCAGCAAAUCGAGGAGGCGGUGCAUGAUCCAAAUGCAGCUGGGCGGCAGGAAAUACUGGGCGUGAAGGAGAGUAGAGCGACUUCGAGCAGGAAGGUCCCUGUCACAAGAGUGGUUGAAAGGCCAUUCUGGAAGAUCAGAGAUUCAGAGGAGGAGGAAUAA